AUGGUUGUCUCCGGCGAUUCAUCUUUGCCUCGGCCGCCACAUGUGGCUUUGUUCGCCUUCCCCUUCGCAUCACACGUCGCGCCAUUCUAUUCACUGGCGCGUGCUCUCGCCGCGGCUGCUCCGUCUGCCAUCUUUUCCUUCGUGAGUACAGCUAAAACCCUCGAAUCCCUUCCGAGAACCGCCGGAAAUCUUCGUCUGUUACCAUUCGAGGAGGAGAUCCCGGACGGCGGAUCUUCUGCUGGACUUGAGGAGAUGGUCGGGAAGUUCUUGCAGGCGGCCCCGGGGAAAAUCCGGGCUGCUGCAAAUGCUGCCGCGGCAGAUGUCGGGGGGAUACCGGUGAGCUGC